AAAAAAAAAAAUCCAAGUCCCAAAGCCAAAAUUCCCUAAACCCUAGCUCAAAAAACUGCACAACCCUUUUCCCUUUUUUCCCACUACAAAUCAUCUUCCACUUCUUUCUUUGAGCUAUGACCUUUGAAGAGUCCUUAAGAUCCCUUUCUCUUGAUUACCUUAACCUUCUCAUCAAUGGCCAAGCCUUCAGUGAUGUCACCUUUAGCGUCGAGGGUCGCCUCGUUCACGCUCACCGUUGCAUCCUUGCUGCACGUAGUCUCUUCUUUCGGAAGUUCUUUUGUGGCUCUUCCGACUCGAACUCCUCUUUCGGGGGUGUUUUUGAUUCUCGGUCCCCUUCGGGAUCGAAUGCCCGCGGUGGUGGUGGCGGCGGUGGUGGCGGUGGAGCUAACGCACCACCACUUCCAUCGCAGGGAGUGAUCCCGGUGAAUAGCGUAGGGUACGAGGUGUUUCUUCUCUUACUCCAGUUUUUGUAUAGCGGUCAAGUUUCGAUUUUGCCGCAAAAGCACGAGCCCCGACCGAAUUGCGGUGAAAGAGGGUGUUGGCAUACACAUUGCUCCUCCGCCGUCGAUCUGGCUCUCGAAACUCUCGCUGCGGCUAGAUCUUUUGGGGUUGAACAACUCGCAUUGCUCACUCAGAAGCAACUUGUAAGCAUGGUAGAGAAAGCUUCAAUUGAAGAUGUAAUGAAAGUUCUAAUUGCUUCAAGAAAACAAGACAUGCAUCAGCUAUGGACUACUUGUUCCCAUUUGGUGGCAAAAUCUGGUCUCCCAACAGAAGUUCUAGCAAAGCACAUUCCCCUCGACGUCGUCGCCAAAAUUGAGGAGCUUCGGCUCAAAUCCUCCCUCGCUCGUCGAUCGUCAUUAAUGCCUCACCACCACCACCACCAUCACCAUCUCCAGCUUAGUGCGGGGCCUGACCUGGAAGAGCAGAAGAUUCGUCGAAUGCGAAGAGCAUUGGACUCCUCCGACGUCGAACUUGUCAAGCUAAUGGUCAUGGGGGAGGGCCUAAAUCUCGACGAAGCAUUGGCAUUGCAUUACGCCGUUGAGAAUUGCACCCGAGAAGUUGUCAAAGCCCUACUUGAGCUCGGAGCUGCCGACGUCAACUAUCCGGCCGGACCUGCUGGGAAAACACCUUUGCACAUUGCAUCUGAGAUGGUCUCGGCAGACAUGGUAGCCGUCCUUCUCGACCACCAUGCCGAUCCGACCAUCAGAACAGUUGACGGGGUGACACCACUCGACAUUCUCAGAACCCUAACUUCAGAUUUCCUCUUCAAAGGAGCGGUCCCAGGGAUGACACACAUAGAACCAAACAAGUUGAGGCUUUGUUUGGAGCUAGUUCAAUCAGCAGCACUAGUUAUAUCAAGAGAGCAAGGGAAUAAUAACAACAAUAACAACAAUGGAAAUAAUGCAUCAUCUUCUACUCCAAUUUAUCCACCAAUGAGUGAAGAUCAUAGCAGCAGCAGCAAUGGAAGCAAUUUGAAUCUUGAUACAAGAUUGGUUUAUCUUAAUCUUGGAGCUAAUUCUGGUUCAGCUCAAAUGGGAGCUGAAGGAGCUGAUCAUCAUAGACAUGGAGGAAAUGACCCAACAAUGUACCAUCAUUCCCAUGAUUUCUAAACUCU